AUGACUAAAGAAGACUUCGAUAUGAAAAAAAUGGAAUUUAUUAAAAAAUUAAAUGAAGCUGAUAGAACCAAUAUAGAAAUUAAUACAAGAAAUCAAAGUAAUAAUUCUCUUUGGUUCAAAGAAAGAAAAAAACGUCUCACUGCUUCAAAUUUCGGGAUAAUAUGUAAAAUGCGACCAUACACUAGCUGUAAGAAAAAAAUUCAUAUUUUACUUUAUGCAUCAAAUCCCAAAUCAAAGCAAUUAAACUAUGGUCAGGUUAUGGAAGCAAAAGCUCGGACUAAAUUUGAGGAAAUGUUUAAUUUAAAAGUUCACACAUGUGGUUUAAUUGUAGAUCGUGAUCUCCCAUAUUUAGCAGCCAGUCCGGAUGGUUUAGUUGGAGAUAAUGCCAUAGUUGAGAUAAAGUGCCCUUAUAUGGCUCGUCAAUCAGAAAGUCCUGGCAUAGCUAUAAAUAAUAAACUUCUCCAAAAUUGGUCAAUGAAUAACUCAGGGACGAUCGAAUUAAAACAUAAUAGUAAUUAUUACUAUCAAGUAAUCGGACAAUUACAUAUUACACAACGAGAAAUAUGCUAUGUUGUCGUGUAUACUGAAAAUUGGACAUCCGUUGAAAAAAUUGUGUAUGAUCAUAAAUUUUGGAUGGAAGAAAUGUCCAAGAAAUUAUCAUUGUUUUAUUUAAAUUGUCUUUUACCUGAACUUAUUAACCCAUUAUAUGGAAAACGUUUAUUAAUAAAUGAUAUA